GUACAAGUUAUCCCUCUUCGUCUUCUUCCCUUAAAAUCCCUAGUUUUAACGGUGCCGUCGUAGUACGUUCUCAGAUAAUCUCACUGCUCGUCUGGGACCAUGCAGAGUGACGUGACUAUGAAUCCACGAGCAUCAGACGACUCUAGCUCCUCUGACGUCGAAGCUGAGAUCAGCGACGGCGAUGGCUUUUUGCCGAUCGAUAGACCUCAUACAGUCGCCGAAGACGAAGUUUCGCUGUUGAUGAGAGCAGAGGCGUAUCAAGGCUACAUGAAGGAGCUUCCUCUUCCGACAAGCCGCGGUUCUUUGAUUCCGUUCACGAGCUGGGUUGGGUUAGGCAUGUCGAUCAAGGAGCUUUAUGGUCAGCCUUUGCAUUACCUCACGAACGUUCUAUUACAGCGUUGGGAUCAAGCAAGACUGGGUAGUGAUUCUGAAGUUCAGAGCUUGGAUUUGAUCAUUCAUCCUUUGAAAGCUGAAGCUACCAUUUGGCUUGUUGAAGAGAUUCAUCGGCUCACUUCUUCUCAUCUUCAGAUUGCUGAGCUUUGGGGUUCUGAUCCUAUGUAUCACAUGUUGAUUGAUCCAAUCAUUCCCAAGUUAUCACAAUCAUAAACACCUUUUUUUGUAUCUAAGUCAUUCUCUGUUUAAAUUUUAGACAAUGUAUUGUGAAUGCUUUUUUUUUUCAUCUCUGUAAUCACCAGAAGUCAUUACAAGAACACUUGCCUUGACUUAUGAAAUGAAACCUGUUAUUGUCU